AAUCACAUCGCUCUGCUUUUAGGGCACACUGCCAUAAGCACCCCGGAAGUAUCCUAACUUGUUUUCAUGUGAGUUUACCCCCGCCCUAUGUCUGAGGGGGACGGCCACACAGCAGCUCUCCGAUUGGCCAAAAGUGUUGUUUCCUAAAUCUGAUUGGCUCCUCUUAUUUACCAGCGGGCCAGUGGGCGUGAACGCUUCGACGGCGCUGUUCUGUUUACUUGCGUGAUUGGUGCAGUGGGUGCUUGAGCUCCUCCCAGCCAGUCCUGGUAACAGUGUGAUUGGCCAGCCACCGUGCAAGCUCCUCCCAUUGAAUCCCAGUUAUUCCUGUCGCCAGAAGUGUCCCGUAGUUAGUCAGCAUGACCCCGCUGAGCGUUCUGGUAGCGCCCUUCGUACUCCUGCUCCUUAUUGGGCCGGGGGCGGCCUCCCCCUUCCCUCCGCGCAAUGAGACUGCCCGGGUAGCGCGGUAUGUAGCGCAUCACUGUGACUGGGGCGCACUGGCCACUCUCUCCAGCCACUCGCCCGUACAGGGGCAGCCAUUCGCCAAUGUGUUCUCUGUCAGCGACGGGCCCAGGGAAGCCGGCAGUGGAGUCCCCUACCUGUACCUCACCACUAUGGAGAUCUCUGUGCAGGACCUACAGGUGAACCCCAAUGCCUCUCUCACCAUGUCCCUGGCACAAACCCACUUCUGCAAGAAGGAAGGCUUCGACCCCCAGAGCCCCCUCUGCGCCCACAUAAUACUCUCUGGGAGCGUUCAGCAGUUGGACGGCGCAGAGAGCGACGCGGCCAAGUUGGCCCUAUUCAGCCGCCACCCUGAGAUGGAGAGCUGGCCCCGCGAUCACAACUGGUUUUUCGCCAAACUCAACAUCACUAAUAUCUGGGUGCUGGACUAUUUCGGUGGGAUUAAAACCGUGACACCGGACGAGUAUUACAGCGCCAAGCCCUAGAGCUGUUCCGGCCCCGAUGGAGCUAAUGAAGCCGCCGUCUCCCUGACCUACUUCUACUUUUCUUUCUGCCUCUUUCCCCGUCUCUUUGCUUUGUGUGCGAGACCUGCGAGUGCAGCAAACUGUCUGUAAUGUGAAGCAUAGAGAGGAUUUACAGCUUAUACAGGAUAGGCUGAUAGAAAUUUAAUGAAGGGUAUUAGGCCAGGGGCCAGCGCCGAAUCCCAGCUCCCCGUUCAGCUGAUAGGGCUGUUUUACUAUCGCUAGAAAUAAAUAGACUCAUAAGAAAGCCUUUAUAACGGGCAGUAAAAGGCAAAUUAAACCUGCCCGUCAGCGGAUUAAAGUGCAAACAAGUUGGAAUCCUCCUGCUUGUGGGCUGAACCCCGCACACAGCUUUUUUAGCUUAGUAGCCUGGAGCGUGGGCUUGUUUGAUUGUCAUUAUUAUUACAGGUAUGGGAUACCUUCAGGGUCGGACUGGGGGGUGCAGGGCCCACCGGGGCUCCCGCCCACCCGUCUCCCACCUGACUUUCUCCCCGUGCGCGUCAGGGGAGGAACAGUCAGUAGUAGGAGCUCCGGCAAGGGUCGGACUGGGCCGUCGGGGCCCACUAGGGUUGGGGGCCCACCCAGUCCGACCUUGGAUCCCUAAUCCGGAAACCCGUUAUCCAGAAAGCUCCGAAUUACAGAAAGCCUGUCUCCCAUAGACUCCGUUUUAAUCAAAUAAUUCAAACUGAUUCCUUUUUUCUCUGUAAUAAUAAAACAGUACCUUGUAAUUGAUCCUUAUUGAAUGUAAAACCAUCCUAUUGGGUUUAAUUAAUGUUUUAUUGAUUUUUUAGUAGACUUAAGGUAUGGAGAUCCGAUUUACGGAAAGACCCCUUAUCCGGAAUACCCUUGGUCCCGAGCAUUCUGGAUAACAGGUCCAGGGAUGUUCACCUUGGAGUUAACUUUUAGUAUGAUGUAGAGAGUAAUAUUCUCUGACUAUUUGCAAUUGGUCUUCAUUUUUUAUUUGGACUUUUUUAGUUAUUUCGUUGGACGUUCUGCAGCCAGUUUUGAGUUUCAGCCGCUAUCUGGUUGCUAGGGUCCACAUUACCUUAGCAAUCAGGGAGUAGUUUGAAUAAUUAGUCACAUGGUACAACAGAAUCAGUUUCGGGAACACCCCCUACGCACUAUUGGCUUUCUGCAUACGACUCCGUAGCUUUGCGUCAUUUUCCAGCCAUUGCGACCCAGUUCAGCACUUUCUAAAGGAUAAAUAAAUGGCAGAAUAUAUUUUUACACAAUGUUCUAUGUAUAAGUGAUUUAUUUUUGAUACUGCCGGUGACAGCUUUAUAUCUGAUUGAUUGGCCCCCCCCCCUCGGGGCAGAUUUGUUUCCAAACUGAGCCAGAAAUAAAAAUAUUAUAUUUCUAUGGUUAA